CUUUUUCGGUGUAAGUUAUACUGUGAAUUGAUCAAAGAAAGCCAACAGAUACAACGGUCACGAUGCAAAAAUUAUAAGCUAUUAACCUGUUGCUUGACUGACUAAAGGGACAAUAUACGGAGAGCAAUCGGCGCGCUGCAUUUUCCUGCGAUCGUUGUUUCCAGCCCAAACGGAGAGUGCAAUAUUCUGGGGCAAAUCGAAAAGAUAGAGUGAUUGGAAAAAAGAGUGCAAUAACCCUGGAAUUCGUGUCGGUGGUUUGUAAAAUAAUACGAGAAGGCAGCAUCGUAGAGCAACCGGGCUUUUGUAUUUGGAUGCCAACCCAGGAACAGUAAAUGAAGGAGGACGAAUAUGGUGAUUGUAACACGUGGUGACUACAUCUGGAUAGAGCCCGCCUCGGGGCGAGAAUUCGAUGUGGCCAUUGGAGCACGUGUCAUCUCCGCGGAGGGUCGUCGCAUCCAGGUGCGCGACGAUGAUGGCGACGAGGUGUGGCUGGCCCCUGAGCGUCGGAUCAAGGCCAUGCACGCGUCCUCCGUCCAGGGUGUGGAGGACAUGAUAUCCCUGGGUGAUCUGCAUGAGGCUGGCAUAUUGCGGAAUCUGCUUAUACGUUAUAAAGAGAAUCUGAUAUAUACAUAUACCGGCUCCAUAUUGGUUGCCGUUAAUCCUUAUCAGAUCCUGCCCAUUUAUACGGCCGACCAGAUUAAGCUCUACAAGGAGCGUAAAAUUGGAGAACUUCCGCCACACAUCUUCGCGAUUGGUGACAAUGCGUAUGCGCACAUGAAGAGGUACCGCCAGGAUCAGUGCAUCGUGAUAUCUGGCGAAUCGGGGGCAGGAAAAACGGAGAGCACAAAGCUUAUACUGCAAUAUCUGGCUGCCAUCAGUGGCAAGCAUUCGUGGAUCGAGCAGCAGAUCCUUGAGGCGAAUCCCAUACUGGAAGCCUUUGGCAAUGCCAAGACCAUACGCAACGAUAAUUCAUCUCGGUUUGGCAAGUACAUAGAUAUACACUUUAGCGCUAAUGGUGUUAUCGAAGGAGCCAAAAUCGAACAAUAUCUGUUGGAGAAGUCGCGCAUUGUUUCCCAAAACCAUAGCGAACGCAAUUAUCAUGUGUUUUAUUGCAUUUUGGCUGGUCUAUCCGCCGAGGAGAAGAGUCGUCUCGAUCUGGGCAUAGCAGCGGACUACAAAUAUCUGACUGGAGGCAACAGUAUAACCUGCGAGGGUCGUGACGAUGCCGCCGAAUUCUCCGACAUUCGUUCCGCUAUGAAAGUUUUGCUCUUCUCCGAUCAGGAAAUCUGGGAGAUUAUCAAAUUACUGGCUGCCUUGCUGCAUUGUGGAAAUAUCAAAUACAAGGCGACGGUGGUGGAUAAUCUGGAUGCCACCGAGAUACCGGAGCACAUUAAUGUGGAGCGUGUGGCCGGGCUUCUGGGAUUGCCCAUACAGCCGCUGAUCGAUGCUCUAACAAGACGCACACUUUUCGCCCAUGGCGAGACGGUGGUAUCGACCUUGUCGCGGGAUCAAUCUGUGGAUGUGCGCGAUGCCUUCGUAAAGGGAAUAUACGGACGACUGUUUAUACACAUUGUGAGGAAGAUAAAUACGGCGAUUUUUAAGCCGCGCGGAACCUCGCGUAACGCCAUCGGUGUGCUGGACAUCUUUGGUUUUGAGAACUUUGAUCAGAACAGCUUCGAGCAGUUUUGCAUUAAUUACGCUAACGAAAAUCUACAACAGUUCUUUGUGCAGCACAUUUUUAAGCUGGAACAGGAGGAGUACAAUCACGAGGCCAUCAACUGGCAGCAUAUCGAAUUUGUGGACAACCAGGAUGCCCUCGAUUUGAUAGCCAUCAAGCAGCUGAACAUUAUGGCCCUGAUAGACGAGGAGGCUCGCUUUCCCAAGGGCACGGACACAACCAUGUUGGCCAAAUUGCACAAGACGCACGGAGCGCACAAGAACUACUUGAAGCCAAAGUCGGAUAUUAACACCAGCUUCGGACUGAAUCACUUUGCUGGCGUGGUCUUCUACGAUACGCGUGGAUUCCUGGACAAGAACCGAGACACCUUCAGUCCGGACUUGUUGCAUCUGGUUAGCCAGAGUGGCAAUAAGUUCCUGCGUCAAAUUUUUGCGCAGGACAUUGAGAUGGGAGCGGAGACCAGGAAGAGAACGCCGACGCUCUCCACGCAGUUUAGAAAAUCGUUGGAUGCGCUGAUGAAAACACUGUGCAGUUGUCAGCCCUUCUUUAUUCGGUGCAUCAAACCCAACGAGUUAAAGAAACCGAUGAUGUUUGACCGGGGACUGUGUUGCCGUCAGUUGCGGUACUCGGGUAUGAUGGAAACCAUUCGAAUUCGGCGUGCUGGCUAUCCCAUCCGUCAUGGAUUCCGUGAAUUUGUGGAGCGAUAUCGUUUCCUCAUACCGGGAGUGCCGCCAGCCCAUCGAACCGAUUGCCAGGCGGCCACUUCCCGAAUUUGUGCAAUUGUCCUGGGCAAAUCCGACUAUCAGCUGGGUCACACAAAGGUCUUUCUGAAGGAUGCCCACGAUUUGUUCUUGGAGCAGGAGAGGGAUCGUGUUCUUACGCGCAAGAUUCUCAUACUGCAGCGCAGCAUUCGAGGUUGGGUGUACCGCAGAAGGUUCCUUCGACUUCGAGCCGCGGUUGUCACCGUCCAGAGAUUCUGGAAGGGUUAUGCCCAGCGGAAGCGCUACCGGAACAUGCGAGUGGGUUAUAUGCGCCUGCAGGCAUUGAUCCGUUCUCGCGUCCUAUCCCAUCGUUUCCGCCACUUGCGAGGCCACAUUGUUGGCCUGCAAGCCCAUGCACGGGGCUAUUUGGUGAGGCGAGAAUAUGGCCACAAGAUGUGGGCCGUCAUCAAGAUCCAGUCGCAUGUUCGACGCAUGAUUGCCGUCCGUCGAUAUCGAAAGUUGCGCCUCGAGCACAAGCAGUUCGCAGAGGUUCUGCAGUUGCGAAAGCUGGAGGAGCAGGAGUUGUUGCAUCGCGGCAACAAACAUGCUCGAGAAAUAGCGGAGCAACAUUACCGCGACAGGUUGCACGAACUGGAGCGACGGGAGUUGCAGGAGCAAAUGGAGGACCGACGACGCGUGGAGGUUAAAAUGAAUAUUAUCAACGAUGCGGCCCGCAAGCAGGAGGAACCAGUGGACGAUGGCAAACUGGUGGAGGCCAUGUUCGACUUUCUGCCCGACUCGAGCAGCGAUGCUCCCACUCCUCACGGUGGCAGGGAGACAUCGGUUUUUAACGAUCUACCCCAUGCCCAGAACGUUAACCAGGAGGAUAUCAUUGCUCCCAUACACAUCUCUGAGGAUGAGGAGGAUCUGUCGGAAUUCAAGUUUCAGAAAUUCGCCGCCACCUACUUCCAGGGCAAUGUAAAUCAUCAGUACGCGAAGAAGGCCCUAAAGCAUCCCCUAUUGCCGCUGCAUACGCAAGGAGAUCAACUUGCUGCCCAAGCCCUGUGGAUUACCAUCCUAAGGUUUACGGGCGACAUGCCAGAGCCCAAAUAUCAUACAAUGGAUCGUAUGGACACCACCUCGGUCAUGUCCAAGGUGACGGCCACAUUGGGUCGUAAUUUCAUAAGGAGUAAAGAAUUCCAAGAGGCUCAACUCAUGGGCCUGGAUCCUGAUGCCUUCCUGAAGCAAAAGCCGCGGUCCAUUCGCCACAAACUUGUAUCGCUAACUUUAAAGCGAAAGAACAAGCUGGGUGAGGAUGUGCGUCGGCGGCUUCAGGACGAUGAGUACACAGCGGAUAGUUACCAGUCUUGGCUGCAGUCUCGCCCCACAUCGAACCUGGAAAAGCUACACUUUAUCAUCGGCCAUGGUAUCCUACGAGCUGAGCUACGAGACGAGAUCUAUUGCCAGAUCUGCAAGCAGUUGUCUAACAAUCCACUGAAAUCAUCGCAUGCCAGAGGCUGGAUCCUGCUUUCUCUGUGCGUGGGCUGCUUUGCACCAUCGGAGAAGUUUGUAAAUUAUCUGAGGGCCUUUAUCCGUGAGGGUCCCCCCGGAUAUGCCCCAUACUGCGAGGAGCGACUGAAGCGAACCUUUAACAAUGGAACUCGCAACCAGCCGCCUUCGUGGCUGGAAUUGCAGGCCACCAAGUCAAAGAAGCCCAUCAUGUUGCCCAUCACCUUUAUGGAUGGCAACACAAAGACCCUCCUGGCUGAUUCAGCGACCACUGCCCGGGAGCUGUGCAAUCAAUUGUCCGACAAGAUAACCCUAAAAGAUCAGUUUGGUUUCUCGCUGUACAUAGCUUUGUUUGACAAGGUUAGCUCCUUGGGUAGUGGCGGCGACCACGUUAUGGAUGCAAUUUCCCAGUGCGAACAGUAUGCCAAGGAGCAGGGUGCCCAGGAGCGUAAUGCCCCUUGGCGUCUUUUCUUCCGCAAGGAGAUCUUCGCCCCUUGGCAUGAGCCCACGCACGAUCAGGUGGCCACCAACCUAAUCUAUCAGCAAGUGGUGAGGGGCGUUAAGUUCGGCGAAUACCGCUGCGACAAGGAGGAGGACUUGGCCAUGAUUGCGGCGCAGCAGUACUUUAUAGAAUAUGGAACGGACAUGUCCAUGGAGCGCCUAUUCACUCUGCUGCCCAACUUCAUACCCGACUUUUGUCUGAGCGGCGUUGACAAGGCCAUCGAACGUUGGGCCGCCUUGGUUCUGCAGGCCUACAAGAAAUCCUACUAUGUCAAGGACAAGAUUGCACCGCUCAAGAUCAAGGAGGAUAUUGUCAGCUAUGCUAAAUACAAGUGGCCCCUUCUAUUUUCUCGCUUCUAUGAGGCCUAUCGCAAUUCGGGUCCGAAUCUGCCGAAGAACGACGUCAUCAUAGCGGUUAACUGGACGGGCGUCUAUGUGGUGGACGAUCAGGAGCAAGUUCUUUUGGAAUUAAGCUUCCCUGAGAUAACUGCCGUUUCCAGCCAGAAGACCAACAAAGUGUUUACCCAAACCUUUAGCCUUUCCACGGUUCGUGGCGAGGAGUUCACAUUCCAAAGUCCCAAUGCUGAGGAUAUUCGGGAUCUCGUUGUCUACUUCUUGGAUGGUCUGAAAAAGCGUUCCAAAUUCGUCAUUGCCCUACAGGACUAUCGCGCCCCUUCGGAUGGCACGAGUUUCUUGUCCUUCUUCAAAGGUGACCUUAUUAUCCUCGAGGAUGAAUCUUGUGGAGAAUCUGUACUUAACAACGGCUGGUGCAUAGGACGCUGUGAUCGGUCGCAGGAACGUGGAGAUUUUCCCGCCGAGACUGUCUAUGUACUGCCAACGCUAAGCAAGCCGCCGCAGGAUAUUCUAGCUCUUUUUAACAUAGACGAGGCGCAUCAUGGACGUCGCCUUAGUAUGGCAUCGAAUGGUGGCGUGGUUGAGGCCAGGGAUCGACCCCACACUUUGAUGGAAUAUGCCCUGGAUCACUUCCGGUUGCCGCCAAAGCGCACAAUGUCGAAAACUCUCACGUUGAGUUCAAAGAGGAGCGAAGAGCUGUGGCGCUAUGCAAGGGAUCCUAUCAAAGCGCCGUUGCUACGGAAGUUACAAAGCAAAGAAGAGUUGGCGGAGGAGGCCUGCUUUGCCUUUGCCGCCAUACUGAAGUACAUGGGAGAUCUGCCCUCGAAGCGGCCGCGGAUGGGCAACGAGAUUACCGAUCACAUCUUCGAUGGGCCCCUCAAGCAUGAGAUUCUGCGGGACGAGAUAUACUGUCAGCUGAUGAAGCAGUUGACAGACAACCGCAAUCGCAUGUCCGAGGAGCGUGGCUGGGAGCUGAUGUGGUUGGCUACGGGUCUAUUCGCUUGCUCACAGGGCUUGCUCAAGGAACUGUUGCUCUUCCUGCGCACCCGGCGACAUCCUAUAUCGCAGGACUCUAUGCAUCGAUUGCAAAAAACCAUACGCCAUGGACAACGCAAGUAUCCACCGCAUCAGGUGGAAGUGGAGGCCAUACAGCACAAGACCACACAAAUAUUCCAUAAAGUCUACUUCCCGGACGACACAGACGAGGCCUUCGAGGUGGACAGCUCCACCAGGGCCAAGGACUUUUGCAAUAAUAUCUCUCAACGCCUGUCGCUGCGCACUAGCGAGGGCUUCUCCCUGUUUGUAAAGAUUGCCGAUAAGGUGAUAUCGGUGCCCGAGGGCGAUUUCUUCUUUGAUUUCGUGCGUCAUCUGACGGAUUGGAUAAAGAAAGCGAGACCCAUACGCGACGGGGCCAAUCCACAGUUCACUUACCAGGUCUUCUUUAUGAAGAAGCUGUGGACGAACACAGUGCCCGGCAAGGAUCGCAAUGCGGAUCUUAUAUUCCACUAUCAUCAGGAAUUGCCGAAGCUGUUGCGUGGCUACCACAAGUGUUCAAGGGAAGAGGCAUCCAAGCUGGCUGCCCUGGUAUUCCGUGUCCGCUUUGGGGAGAAUAAACAGGAGCUUCAGGCAAUACCGCAAAUGUUGAGAGAACUAAUACCUUCGGACAUCAUGAAGAUGCAAAGCACUAGCGAAUGGAAGCGCUUAAUUGUGGCCUCUUAUAACCAAGAUGGUGGUAUGACUUCCGAAGAUGCCAAGGUGGCCUUCCUUAAGAUCGUAUACAGAUGGCCAACCUUUGGCUCCGCUUUCUUCGAGGUUAAGCAAACCACCGAACCCAACUAUCCCGAAAUGCUACUGAUAGCCAUUAACAAACACGGCGUGAGUCUUAUACAUCCAGUGACCAAGGACAUUCUGGUCACACAUCCCUUUACACGCAUCUCGAACUGGUCGUCUGGCAAUACAUAUUUCCACAUGACCAUUGGCAAUCUGGUUCGGGGCUCGAAACUGCUGUGUGAGACGUCGCUUGGCUACAAGAUGGACGAUCUGCUGACUUCAUAUAUUUCGUUGAUGUUGACCAAUAUGAACAAGAAUCGAACCAUUCGAGCCAAUUAGUUGAACAAAUAAUGCCCGCAAAUAUUUAUAAUAAUUAUAAAUUACAAUUGCAAUAACUUAUUAUCAAGCUUAGUACUUUGUAGCUGUAAGUAACUCCUCACUCCCACCACUCCACCAUUCCUUCGCUGUAAUUGCACAUUCCGCUUUUGGUCUUGUUCAGCUGUCGAUUAUACCAAACAAAUUUCCAA